AUAAACUGGCCAACAGUAAUUGGAUCACAAGUUGACUGAGACCCAUCCCAUAAUGAGGCUGAUUUCGUUCCUGCUCGUUCUCCUGGUGGCGGCAGUGGCCGUGCUGGCCAGCCCCCUCCCCGACGGUGUCCACCAUGGAGCACACAGGGGACGCGGCCUGACCCGAGGUUCACAUGGUUUCUCAAAUAUACAUGGUGUUCAGAGUUCAAGUGGUGGUUUCCAUCACGGUUCACAUGGCAGUUUCCAUCCAGUUCAGCCCCGCGUCUUCAGCUCUAACCGUGGAAGAUUUGGAAGGCAAGGAGGGCCCUUUUCGCAUGGCGGUCAAGGCUCUAGGUCACAGGGCAACUUCCAUCCCUCCUCAUUCAGCCAGGGGUCAUCUAGAGGCAGAUUCUCUCAUCACUGAAGUACUUUUGAGACGGGUCAGGAGCCACACGUCUCCUCCUCCUUUCCCUGUUCCCUGUUCCCUGGUGCAUCUUCAAUCUUGUGUACGUCACGCCUCGUCUCUCGCUACAUCACAGAUGUUAUUUAAUUUCGUGAAGUGAUAUUUAUCUGAUUCUUAAAUUAAAACACCAAUAAAGUAACCCCUUCAC